CCUAAGAGCAGCUGUAAUUGUACGUGUUUUCGUCUGAUAAUUCUAUUUAACCGAACAUGGAAGUGUAAUAAAAAUAGUCCUAAAUGUGAUAAACGAACAUGUCGAGCCGCCGUUCUAUGCUCGGUUCGGCUUUGGACUCGUUGCCGGCGCCCACGGACCCUCUUCGCGAAUUAUUCGAGGCUUGCAAAGUUGGCGAUGUUACUCGAGUGAAAAAGUUAAUUACACCACAAACAGUGAAUGCUAGGGAUACAGCUGGACGUAAAUCGACACCUCUACAUUUCGCCGCAGGCUAUGGAAGAAGAGAAGUUGUCGAAAUCCUGAUAGCUGGCGGUGCGGCUUUACAAGCUCGGGAUGAGGGGGGCCUCCAGCCGUUGCACAACGCAUGCUCGUUCGGGCACGCGGAUGUUGUGCGUGCGCUGCUCGCUGCGGGAGCCCCGCCCGCAGCGAGAGACAACUGGGGCUACACGCCGUUACACGAAGCCGCCGCGAAGGGGAAGGUGGAUGUCUGUAUCGCACUCCUUCAGCACGGCGCCGAUCCGAACAUACGGAACACUGAAGGCAAGACACCGUUAGAUCUCGCCGAUUCCGCGACCCGACCUGUUCUCACUGGCGAGUACUGCGCCGCGGACGUGCUGGAGGCGGCGCGCUCGGGCGCGGACGACCGGCUGGCGGGGCUGCUGACGCCGCUCAACGUGAACGUGCACGCGAGCGACGGGCGGCGCUCCACGGCGCUGCACCUGGCGGCGGGCUACAACCGCGCGCGCGCCGUGCGCCUGCUGCUGCAGCGCGGCGCCGACGUGCACGCCAAGGACAAGGGAGGGCUGGUCCCGCUGCACAACGCGUGUUCGUACGGCCACUACGAGGUGACGGAGCUGUUGGUGCGCGCAGGGGCGGACGUGAACGCGACGGACCUGUGGGCCUUCACUCCCCUGCACGAAGCCGCCAGCAAGGCCCGCUUGGAGGUGUGCUCCCUCCUCCUGAGUGAGGGUGCGGACCCCACUCUGCUCAACUGCCACGGCAAGUCCGCGCUGGACGUGGCGCCCUCUCGCGAGCUGAGAGAACGGCUGUCAUUCGAAUUUCGCGGCCAUUGUUUGCUCGAAGCGUGUCGACUGGCCGAACCGGCGAGGGUGAAGAAACAACUAUCGUCGUUAGGACAGCAGGACCUCUCGGCGCUCCAGUGCACGCAGCAAGUAACGAUACCGAUACCGAACGAACGGAUCGCCGAGCUGGUCAACUUCCAGCACCUCGGCACCGGCGACCGGCCGCUGCACUGCGCCGCCGCCAGCGUCUACCCCAAGAGGAAACAGGUGAUGGAGAUCCUGAUCAGGAAGGGCGCGCGGGUGAACGAGAAGAACAAGGAGGGGCAGACGGCGCUGCACGCCGCCACCGACGCCGCGCACCUCGACGCCAUGGACCUGCUGCUGCGCCACGGGGCGAAGGUGAACGCGUGCGACGGGCGCGGCGAGAGCGCGCUGUCGCUGGCGGCGCGGCGCGACUCGGCCGCCGCGUGCCGCCUGCUGCUGGCGUGCGGCGCGCACGCGCCCGACGCGCGCCCCGACGCCGACGAUGCCUGUUCGAACGCAGCGGCCUUACGGUUGCUGGAGGCGGCGCGGACGGGCGACGUCGAAACGGCGCGAGCGAUUUUAGACGCGAGACCGCGCUUAGUUAAUUGUAGAGACGUCGAUGGAAGACAUUCUACGCCACUGCACUUCGCUGCUGGAUAUAACAGACUACCCCUGGCUCAGCUACUUUUACAGAGGGGGGCCGACGUCCACGCUAAAGAUAAGGGAGGUCUGGUCCCCCUCCACAACGCGUGCUCCUACGGCCAUUUCGAGGUCACGGAGCUCCUGGUCUCGGCAGGGGCUGGUGUAAACGCAGCGGACCUGUGGCGCUUCACGCCUCUGCAUGAAGCUGCCGCCAAGGGUAAAGCGGAUAUUGUACGGCUACUAUUGAAGCACGGCGCGGAUCCCACUCGGCGGAACCGCGACGGGCUAACGCCGCUGCAGCUCGUGCGCGCCGGCGACGGCGACACGGCCGACGCGCUGCGCGGGGACGCCGCGCUGCUCGACGCCGCCAAGCGCGGGGACCUCGCGCGCGCCAAGAAACUAAUAACUCCUCAGAAUGUCAACUGCAGAGACGCUCACGGAAGGAACUCAACGCCACUUCAUCUUGCAGCCGGCUACAACAACUUGGAGGUCGCUGAAGCUCUGCUCGAAGCGGGGGCGGCAGUCUCAGCCAGGGACAAGGGGGGCCUAGUGCCGCUCCAUAACGCCGCGUCGUACGGUCACGUGGAAUUAGCUGCGUUGCUCCUGAGAGCCGGAACACCCCCUAACGCAGCUGACCGGUGGGGUUUUACUCCUCUACACGAGGCUGCUCAUAAAGCGAGGACGCAAUUAUGCGCGUUAUUGCUGGCGCACGGUGCAGACCCAUUCCUCAAAAACCAGGAGGGGCAGACGGCGCUGGAGCUGUCGGGUGCGGAUGACGUGCGCUCGCUGCUACAGGACGCCAUGACGGGCACGGCCCCCAGCGAGCACGGCCUGGCCCCCGCGCCCCCCGCUCCCGCGCCCGCGCCCCCCGCGCCCGUGCUCCUGCCCAGCGGUGACACCGCGCCUCUCCCACUGCCCGUGAUGCCGAGCAAUUACUGGUCGGAGGGUUCGCGAGGCAGCCUGGAGGACGCGGCGGGCCGGCCGGCCUCCGCGCUUUCCACUUCCGAAUCUCUACACACCUUCCUGACCAGUAUCGGCCUGGAGGCGCUGGCGCCAGUGCUGGAGCGCGAGCAGAUCACGGUGGACAUCCUUUCGGAGAUGUCGCACGAGGACCUGCGCGCCGUGGGUGUGGCGGCCUACGGGCACCGCCACCGCCUCAUCAAGGCCGCCCGGCACAGCCUGCAGGCGCACUCGGAGUGGUACGGCGGCACGACGCUGGUGGACGUGACGCCGGGGGAGGGCGAGGGCGCGGCGGAGGCGGAGGGCGGCGCGCGCGCGGAGGGCGAGUACGCCGUGCUGGAGCGCGAGAUGCAGGCCUCCGUGCGCGCGCACCGCGACCACGCCGGCGGGCACUUCACGCGCUACCGCGUCGUCCGCAUUCAGAAGAUAGUGAACGGCCGGCUGUGGGAGCGCUACCAGCACCGGCGGCGCGAGGUGAGCGAGGAGGCGGGCGCGCACAACGAGCGCAUGCUGUUCCACGGCUCGCCCUUCAUCAACGCCAUCGUGCAGAAGGGCUUCGACGAGCGCCACGCCUACAUCGGUGGCAUGUUCGGCGCCGGGAUCUACUUCGCGGAGCACUCGUCGAAGAGCAACCAGUACGUGUACGGCUUCGGCGGCGGCUCCGGCUGUCCCGCGCACAAGGACCGCAGUUGCUACCUGUGCCACAGACAAAUGCUCCUGUGCCGCGUGACGCUCGGCCGCGCCUUCCAGCUGCUCAGCGCGAUGAAGAUGGCGCACGCCCCGCCUGGACACCACAGCGUGGCGGGCGCGCCCAGCAACGGCGGCCUCUGCUACCCGGAGUACGUCGUGUACCGCGGGGAGCAGGCCUAUCCAGAAUAUCUGAUAACUUAUCAGAUAGUAUGCGAGGAGAACACCUCGGGUGCAGUGUAAUCAAGGACAAUAGUGUAUUUCGUGCAGUAUUAUAUAUAAAGAUUUAAGGGCAUGUCCACAUCUGGACGAAAUUGUCUUUUCAUUAAAAGAAAAAAAAAAUGAAGAAUGUCUUUCUAUUUUUUUACCCCGUAUUUAUAUAUUAUGAUUUUGUAAAUAAAUGCGAAGGCUAUCUUUGUUAUUUUUUAAGCUAAAUUUUCAUAACUGUCUUCGUGUUUUGAAAAUGAAUGAAAUAUUUAGCUCGCGUUGAUUUUUUGUAUAGAAGCCGAUUACGAAAGUGUACAUUGGAUAACUUAAUUUAAACCAGAUGUGUUCGUGUCUUUCUUCACGUAAAUGGAGAAUGGAAUUUUUAUAAUAAGCUAGUUAUAUCGAACUAGGUUAAUUUAAUUGAAUAAAAAAAAUUAAAAUAU